AUGGAGGAGAGGAAGGAGGAGGGAGAAGCUGAAAUCCAAGAGCACGGCCCCGAGCACUGGUUCUCGAAAUGGGAACGGCAGUGUUUAGCAGAGGCUGAACAAAAUAAUCCAAACGAAGAGGAAACAGAGCAAAGUCAACAAAAGCUGUGGCACCUCUUUCAGAACUCCGCUACGGCUGUGGCUCAGCUCUACAAAGAUCGAGUAUGUCAACAACAAGGCCUCUCCCUCUGGGUGCCCUUCCAAAAUGCAGCUACAGCAGUCACUAACCUCUACAAAGGCAAGUUUUUUGUAUUGUUGACCAUUGCCAGUUUAAUGAAAACAAACUAUUCUUUUGUGCUAUCAGAAAGUAUGGAAGCCCACCAGCGCAGCUAUGACUUAGGCAUUCAUUUAGGCUACCAGCGCAGGAAUAAGGAGGUGAUUGCUUGGGUGAAGAAAAGACGAAGAACUAUCAGACGAGAAGACCUCAUUAGCUUCCUUUGUGGCAAAACUCCACCUCCACGGACAGCUCGCACCCCGCCCAAAGUUGCCAUGGUCUCUGCAAGCCGAUCAUCUCCUCCAGAGACGGACAACUCUGCCGAGACCGACCUGCAGCCCUUCAGAGAGGCCAUAGCCCUCCAUGGCCUCAGCGGUGCCAUGGCCAGCAUUUCUGUGCGCUCUGGUCCUCCUGGUUCCCCAACUCACCCUGCCCAGUCUCUCAGUCGUCGUAGGAACGGUCUUCACGACAUGGACCUCAACACCUUCAUUGCUGAGGAGAUGGCACUUCAUUUAGAUUCUGCUGCCAGUCGUAAACGCGGCUCUGCACCCUGUAGUGACGUCAUCACAGACUCACCCACUCAUAAACGUAACAGGAUGCUCUGA